UGAUUACAUGGCAACUCCAGCUAUAAUAAGUACAAACAAAAACCUUUUUUGUAAUUGUGCAUUCUAAUUCUGAGAUUUUGAUAAUGUCUGACGCUUCUAAAAAUAAACAAAAAUCUAGAAAGACUAAUGGAUGGGAAGAAGCAGGAUGCGAGUUUUAUCAGGAGAAUUACUGUGCGGAUUGGGAUGGUUUCGCUAAAAAUCCUAUUGCAAUAACUACAUUGCUGCCAUCAAAACAAAAUAGGCUAGGCACAUCUAAACGAAAUUACACGCAACAGGAUCGCAAACACAAGAUAUGUUGGCAACAAUUCCCAUCUACUGCUCCACGAAGUUAUCAGCAGAAUGAAGGGCAAUUUUCACUACUACCAGAUUUAUCCCAAGUUAUUAACGACGAAGAACACAUAUGGGAAGAGAUGUUUCAAAUUAAACAAUUGCCUUUGUCAAUGCACCAAAAGAAGGAAUUUAAAUCAGAUUUGCAGAGUGCAACUAAAUUGCGUCUUCAAGGUUUUAACCAACUCAAAUGGAAGCAUCGUAAAGCUUGGCAAAAAUUUGCUCUGGAAUGGUCGAAAUUUAGUGCUACUAUAAAAUUAUGGCAGUCAUCUUUAAAACAAAUUGAAGGACAUUUCGGCAGUGGUGUAGUGGCAUACUUCAUUUUUUUACGAUGGCUUUUUUAUCUUAACUGCGCGACAUUCCUAUUAAUAGUUAUAUUUGUAAUCAUUCCAAAUAUUCUUGCAUAUGAUAACUUUGUAGACAGGUGUAAACUUUCACAAAAUUUGAAUCACUCAAACAAUUGUCUUACCGAGAACCGCGAUCGAAACACAUAUGUAGAUAUGAAGAGUAGAGAGUCUUUUAACAUUCUUGAUACAGUGCAAGGCACUGGGAUACUAGAAAUAUCUUUGAUGUUUUAUGGAGGCUACUCUAAUAAAUGUAUAGGAAUUGCUUUUAAAGACACACAUAACUCUACAUACAAGGAAAAAGAACAACAGCUUCAUUACGAUUUAUCUUCUGCAUAUAUAUUUGCUGUGUUAGGUUAUUUUACAACAACUCUGAUUUUUAUUGUAAAAGCAUCUGCACGAGAAUUCAAAGAUCGACUUAUAAACGGGAGAUGGCAGUUUUACCAAUAUUGCAAUCUUGCAUUUGGAGGAUGGGACUUUUGUAUUCACAAUGAAAAAUCCAGCAUCAUUAAACACAAAGCUGUUUUUAAUGAAUUCAAAAGUUCAAUUCACUCCAAGCGAAUUGAAGUGGAAAGGAAUAACCGCUCAAAUGACUAUAUGUUAAAGCUUAUUAUGAUAAGAAUUAUUGUUAAUUUUUCAGUUGUUAUUAUACUAAUAAUCUCUGCAUACAUUAUAUUUUUAUUAUUUAAUAUUAGCUUGAAACAAGGUCAUAUUAAAUUUUUAAACGUAAGUAGUAUGGAAGUAAAUUCAUACGAUUAUAUUGAAGUUCAUGGGUCAUCACUUCAACUUCUUGAAUUGGCCAUUGAUUUCGCUCCUUAUGUUUGCAUUGUCUGUUUAAACCUUAUCUUACCAGCUUUUUUCAAAUAUUUGUGCUCUUUUGAAAAAUAUUCCCCUUUGUUUGUGAUAAAGAUCAGUCUGGUCCGAAUGAUAUUUUUACGACUUGCUUCUUUAUUCAUUUUAUUAUCCCGUUUCUAUUACAUUGUCAUACCGAACUCUGAAACAAUUAUUCCGAAUUCCGCUUCAUAUAAAUGUUGGGAAACGUUUGUAGGUCAACAGUUCUACAAACUUGUUUUAACAGACUUUGUAAGUCAUCUUUUUGUAACGUUUUGUUUUAACCUGCCCCGUGCUGUAUUGGCAAUAUAUUUUAAAAAUAAUCUUGUAAAAUUUGUUUGUGAACAAGAGUUUGAACUGUCCAAACAUGCUCUGGACAUUGUUUAUUUACAAACAAUCUGCUGGAUCGGAAGUUUUUAUAUGCCAUUUUUGCCAGCACUAAUAACUAUAAUUAUGUUUCUAAUGUUUUACGUUAAAAAGUUCCAAUGUCUCGUCAAUUCAAAACCAACUAAAAUAUUAUAUGGAACAUCGAGAUCCAACUCUCUUUUUAUGUUUGUAUUAUUAAUAUCUUUCGUAGUUUCAAUAAUAGUAUUAACUUAUGCGUUUGCAGAAGUAGCACCUUCUGUGUCAUGUGGACCUUUUAGAGGACUAAAAACUGUAUGGGAUGCUCCGUUGUCUACUUUCAUGGGAAUGCCAGUAUUUUUCAAAGACUUUGUUUUCUUUUUCGGAACACCGUUAUUUGUAAUUCCUUGUUUUUUUGUUUUAACUUUAUUACUUUAUUAUUUUUAUGCGGUCUCUGAUGCCAACAAAAAUAUGGUUGAAGUUUUGAAAAACCAAUUAGUAUUAGAAGGACAUGACAAAAAAUUUCUAUUAACUCGUCUUUUAUUGACUCAUCAAGAAUCGCAGGAGUAAAACUAUAUAAUAAACUCACUUCAAAUAUAUAUUUACACAUAAAGGUAUAAAGACUGCCUGUACAUCUCUAAUGAGAAAAUGCGUGUUUUAAUGUUAAAUUAUUACCACUAAUUUAGGAUAAAUUGAAGGUAGGAAAUAUUUUAGAAGAUCUCCAGCAGUCAGAAACCUUAAAAUAUUCAUAAAUACUUACAGAAAACAAAUGAUUAAAAAAUAAAGAACCAUUACCGAGAAA